AUGCUAAUUGUUCGCUACCUAAUCGCUUUGGUCUUCUCCGUUUUCAUGGUGGCCACCUCGCUGAAGAUCGAGGAGCGCCUUCGGCGGUGUCAUGGCUACAAGAUAUCCACACCGGAUCGUCUGGUCAUCAAAAUGGAACAACGCACAGGAAAAUGUCAAUCCAAGCAUCUGGAGAAGAGACGUUUGCAAAUCUAA